AUGGGCUAUGAUAUUGUGCUGCAUCUCGACAGCGCGACACACUCCUAUGUGGAAGAAUUUUCGACGAGCGCUUUUUUGGGACAUAGAAUCGCAGACGACGGUCAACAUGUGCUCGUUAUCCCAAAGGCAGAUAACGCCAUGGACAGUACGACGAGCAAGAGUCUUGCCGUACUCGCUAAACGGGAGGGAUGGAUCGUCCAAACAGUCGAGCUUCCAUUGUUAUCAAUCAAAGAUCUCGACGAGGUAGUAGCAUGUGGCACAGCCGCAUGUGCUGUUCCGAUCGAGAGCAUCGAAAGACUGUCGACCGGUGAUCAGUUCACAUUUCCUGGUAAUCAUGAAACCUGGAAUCUCAUGAGGCUGGGCGAACACUAUGAAUACCAUACAGCGCGGCAAAGCAGAUGA